AAACAUAAAUAAUCAACAAUUUAUCAUGAUGAUCAACAUUAUCAACGAAAUCGAUGUCGUCAAUAUGCCUCUUUUUUAACAGUUAAAAUCAUUAUGAUUAUGAUGAUGAUUAAAUUUUUCAAAUCAUUUAAAUACCAGCAAUUAAUCAACUGAUUCAAUGCAUACACAUAAUUGAAUGAAAAAUGAUUAAAUACAAUUCAAUUCAAAUCAUAUUGAUAUUGGCUAUUUUAACAGAGACAAUUGCAGCCAAUGUAACAGAUGUUUCGAUCAAUCAAAUUGAAGAUUUUUUAUCGGAUAAAUUUAUUGAUCUUUUGAAUCAAUUGAAUUCCACAUGGAAAGCUGGACGUAAUUUUGAUCCCAAAGUGACAGCAAAGAAUCUUAAAUGUUUGCAAGGUUCAAUUGAAGAAACAAUGGAAGAAUAUCAACCGAAAAUACGUAAUCGACGACAAUCUAUUAUUAAUGAAUAUCUUCCAGAUUUUUUUGAUGCUCGUCAAAAAUGGCCACUAUGCCGUACAAUAUCAUUGAUACCGAAUCAAGGACAAUAUUGUAGUUCAUGUUGGGCUGUAGGUGUCGUACAAGCAAUUAAUGAUCGUAUAUGUAUUGGUUCAAAUCAAAAAAUUAAUGUAGAAAUUUCAGCUCAAGAUUUGCUCACAUGUUGUAAAGAAUGUACAAAUAAUGGUGAAGGUUGUCAAGGUGGUUUUCCAAGCCGUGGUUGGAGAUAUUGGGUUACAAAUGGUUUAGUUACCGGUGGUCAACAUGGUGAUACUAGUACAUGUCAACCAAUGACUAUUCCACCAAUGAAUUUGGCCACAUUCAUACCGUAUCUUCAAGAGCCAUAUAUAAUUCCAACACCUGUUUGUCAACAACAAUGUGUGAAUGGAAAAAAUUAUUUUAAAGAUAAAUAUUAUGGUCUUCAUUAUUAUAGAGUAUCAAGCGAUGAACAAUCAAUACGACGAGAAAUAUUUCAUCAUGGACCUGUUGAAGCACAUUAUCGUGUUUAUGCAGAUUUUCAUCAUUAUAAAACUGGUGUUUAUCAACAUCUAUUAGGAACAGAAUCGGUUGGACAUAGUAUAAAAAUUAUUGGUUGGGGUAUAGAGAAUGGUAUACCAUAUUGGCUAUGUGCAAAUUCAUGGACACCAUUAUGGGGUGGUAUGGGUGGAUUUUUCAAAAUACUACGUGGACAAAAUCAUUGCGGUAUUGAGAGUCAAGUGUAUGGUGGUUGGCCAAGAUUAUGAGCUAUUACAUGAAAAUGUUUCAAAUGAUAUGGUGAUGGAUGGGGAAAUAGGAAAAAUGAAAGAAAAAUUUCCACUGAUAAUUAAUCAUGAUACUUGAAACAAUUUGUUCAUUUAAAAAAAAAAUAUCAGAAUUUUACAAUAAAUGAAUGAAAUAAAAAAAAAUUAACA